UUGGUAGCGUGCGGGCCCCCAAUGGGUUAGGUCGAGGCAGAGCCGAGCGAGCGGUGCGGGUGCGGUUCACCGUCCGCCACGACGAGUCGACGCCGAACCCGAUGGCGCCCCACCGCGCCGGAGGCGCCUCGAGUGGCGGCGACACGAGCGCGUUCUUCGCGGCGACGCUGGUGCUGUGGGCGGUGUCGGUGGGGUUUGAGAUCGGCGUGCGGGGGCGACGCGAGCUGGCGCCCGUGGCCGCCGGGUUCGCCUUCUUCCAGGCCGCCAACGCUGCGGUCCGCGCCGCGGUCUCACACGACCCCCUCUUCGUCAACACCGCCGUCUCGCUCCUCCACUCCUCCCUCACCUCCGCCUCCGUUAUCUUUGUUCUUGUCAACCAAUGGCGUAACAAGGGCCUCAAGAACAUGUUUGAGCAUGAAGAACUAUUUGGUGGCAGUUGGAUUGGAGCAUAUUCUGCUCUGUGCUUUUCAUGUGGCUACUUUGCUUAUGACCAAUUGGACAUGCUCCGUUACCGACUAUACAGCGGAUGGAUUCCUGGAAUUCUCAUGCAUCACCUGAUUCUACUCAUUUGCUUUACACUAGCUCUCUAUAGGAAUGUCACAAUCAACUACCUAAUUCUCUCUCUUGCAUGCGAGCUGCACUCCAUAUUUUUGCAUGUAAGGAAAGUGAGGCGAAUGGCUGGAUUUCGUGACUUCAACAGAAAAAUGGUGAAGCUGGAAUGGGUACUCAACUCAAUUACCUUUGUGACAGCAAGGGUGAUAUGCCAUAUCUUGAUUACAUACAAACUGAUCACUGAUGCCAACAAGUUUGGUAAGGGCAUCGAGCUUCCACUAGCUCUUUUUGGUAUGGCAGGGAUGAAUCUGCUCAAUAUAUUUUUAGGGUUUGAUCUAUUUAAAGCGUACGGACGAGAAAAAAAUCAGCAGAGGCAUCGGGACUGAAUGUGCCUUCCUUGAUGGUGUUCUCUAAAUUUUGACAAGGUUACAAUUGUGCUCGUAAAGACAGAGAGGUAUGUUCAAGUCUUGAUUAGCCUCUACACUGGAGGGUAACGGUUUAUCUAUGUAUACUUCUUUAUGUGUUUAACUCGUACUCCGUACCAAGAUAAGAUCACUACCAGAAAGGUUUCAUUGCCAGUAUGUGUAUUACCUCGUAGACGUCACAUUAUGAUUUAUUAGGAGAAUAUGCAGAUGGGCGACCUGGAUGCAGCAUUUAUACGGAUUGCAAGUAGAAAGAAGGAAAGUGUAUUAAACCCUUUCCCCCCAAAUCUCAUCUUAUGUACUAGAUGCCUUGGCAACUUGCAAAGUGACCCUAGAAGGCUACAAUAUAAUAAUGUCUCAAUGUGAAGUACAUCUUGUUCAGUUA